CAAAGUUGAAAGAAUGCCUUUUGGUAAUGAGAACCUGCAGUACAAAAUACUAUUUGCUGUCAAUAAACUACUCAUGGGGGUCCUGUGGUUUUUGUAUUUCGAAAUUCAAGAUGGCGGAAGGAGUGAGUAACAUUUUACCAAAAGCAGUCGGGUUUGUUUUUGACAACUGGACAGUAUUACAGCUCGCUAUACAGCAUGGGUUUGGUGGUAUAGAUAGCCGUGAAAAAGCAGAAUGGCUCAAGGAUGUUACAGUACAAGUAUUAAACGACAAUCAUAAAGUUGAAUAUGAUGAAUUAGAAGACUAUAUAAGUGAAGUACUUUAUAAUGAAUUUAAUACUAUCGUAGAAGACGGGAGUUUAGUAAAGAUUUCUCAAAAAUUAUGUCAGUUCCAAAAAUUAUGGAGAGAAGGUGACACAGAGGCUAUAAUGAAGGAAGUCCAAGCUGUAGAACCAGUGAAGUUGACUGAAAAGAAAAAAGAUAAUGAAGAAGACAAUAAUAGUGAAGAGAUGGAUGAGUGUGAAGAAUCUACAUCAGGAGAGCAGCAAAUGAAUGGUUUAUGUACUUGUCAGAGUUCAAGUAGUUCAACUUGUCAUCAUUGUAAUUCAGUCCAAGAAGACCUGAGAAACCUUAGUAUCACAACAAAUUYAGAGGAAACAUCCACAAAAGCUGAAGAAAGCCUUAAAGAUGAGGAAGGAUGGGAAGUUGUUCGGAGAUCUAAAAAGCGUUGAUCAAUAACAACAGUGGAGACAUCUUAAUAUUGUACUUUAUUAGGUAACUUAUUGUAUAGGUGGUUAAUGUAUGACAUAAAAGGAGAUAUAAAAAAGCUUUUUAUGUUUUAUUAACACCCUGAUGCAACCAGUGGGCUGAUCAAAGUAUGGCUAAUUAAAGAGAAUGAAAGAUUUGAUCAGCCUAGAGGUUGUUUUAUGGUAUUGACAAUGUUUGAAGGAUUUUUUUUAAGUAGGCAAACAAACAUACAAAACAAACAAGCAAGUGGGGAAUACACAAAGUACUGUGAGUGGAAGGAUAUAAUAUCAAUGGGGACAAAGUAAAGAUAUUCUCAAGGUCACAAACACUAACAUUUUUAUUAGGGUGAUAACUGUGAUAAGGCCCAACAAAUCUAAGGAAUUUAUUCACAUUUUAUUAGUAAACUUUCUGUGAUCAUUAUGUUGAUUACAUUGCUA